AUGAUAAUUGGCCGUUUGCAAACGGCUCCCAACAGCCUCCCAAUGGUAGUGAUCCCCACCCAGGACCCUCCGCGCCGUGGAAAGUGCCCCAUCGGCCGGACGAGGAUGAGCCAACGCAUGCGUACAACGACCCCCCACGCGCCCCCCUUCGCCGCCCAGAAUGCAGCGCGAGGAGCUGGCGGGCCCUUGGCGACCGCCUGCCGAGUUCCCGUGACCGGAGGCCGGUGGGGGAGUCGGGAACCGGCCGCUCACCACGCAUGCUCGGAACCCCAUCCCCGCGACCGCAAUAGGGCGUUCCCCCUUGCCCGGGGGCAUCUGGCCCAGCUCUGGCGUCAUUGCUUCGAGAAGCCGGUGCGGAAAGUAGUCGUUGACCUGUCGCUGAGUCUGACACCACUCACAGCAGAGAGUGAGGAGGUUGUAGGUGGUCCCAUCUCCCUCCAGUUCACACAGCAACACCUCAUCGGGAGUCACACAAUGUCACCGGCUGAACUGAGGGUUGUGCUGCUGAUCCUGGGUUUUCUGGUCACAGACUCCACACUCGGUGAUCCGUGUGUAACCCACACCGUCCUGGAUCAGCCCUGGAGGAGCACGGAUUGUUCCAACACUGAGUGUACCGGUGGACAAUGGAUGAGUGAUGUAAAUCUUGAAGUAGGAUGGUACAGAUUUAACAGUUCUGGAGGAUGGAAGAUUCCCGAGACGGUCGUUCUACAGUAUCGCUGUUCUGGGUACUACCCAGGCUGGUUAAACGGUCCCCAUCCCAACGUGGGAGAGGGGGAGGUGACCAGGACCAUCUGCUUCACCGGGACUCGAUACACCUGUUACUGGAGGCGGGAGAUCAAGGUGAAAAACUGCUCCGGUUACUUUGUGUAUUGGCUGUGGAACGCACCCUCGAGCAAUGCUAUGUACUGUACAGACUCCGCACUUGGUGAUCCGUGUGUAACCCACACCGUCCUGGAUCAGCCCUGGAGGAGCACGAAUUGUUCCAACACUGUGUGUACCGGUGGAUAUUGGAUGGAUGAUGGAAAUCUUGAAGUGGGAUGGUACAGAUUUAACAGUUCCGGAGGAUGGAAGAUUCCCGAGACGGUUGUUCCGGAGUAUCGCUGUUCUGGGUACUACCCAGGCUGGUUAAACGGUCCCCAUCCCAACGUGGGAGAGGGGGAGGUGAUCAGGACCGUCUGCUUCACCCACAGUAUAUACACCUGUUACUGGAGCCAAGAGAUCAAGGUGAAAAACUGCUCCCGUUACUUUGUGUAUUGGCUGUGGAACGCACCCUCGAGCAAUGCUGUGUACUGUACAGUCAUAGACUCCACACUCGGUGAUCCGUGUGUAGCCCACACCGUCCUGGAUCAGACCUGGAGGAGCACAGAUUGUUCUAACACUGUGUGUACCGGUGGACAAUGGAUGGAUGAUGGAAAUCUUGAAGUGGGAUGGUACAGAUUUAACAGUUCCGGAGGAUGGAAGAUUCCCGAGACGGUCGUUCCGGAGUAUCGCUGCUCCGGGUACUACCCAGGCUGGUUAAACGGUCCCCAUCCCAACGUGGGAGAGGGGGAGGUGACCAGGACCGUCUGCUUCACCUGGGGUGGAAACACCUGUUACUGGAGACGGGAGAUUAAUGUGAAGAACUGCUCUGGUUACUUUGUGUAUCGGCUGUGGCGUGUACCCUUGAGCAACGCUGUGUACUGUACAGACUCCGCACUUGGUGAUCCGUGUGUAACCCACACCGUCCUGGAUCAGCCCUGGAGGAGCACGAAUUGUUCCAACACUGUGUGUACCGGUGGAUAUUGGAUGGAUGAUGGAAAUCUUGAAGUGGGAUGGUACAGAUUUAACAGUUCCGGAGGAUGGAAGAUUCCCGAGACGGUUGUUCCGGAGUAUCGCUGUUCUGGGUACUACCCAGGCUGGUUAAACGGUCGCCAUCCCAACGUGGGAGAGGGGGAGGUGAUCAGGACUGUCUGCUUCACCCAGGGUGAAUUCACCUGUGACUGGAAUCGCAGGAUCAAUGUGAAAAACUGCUCCAGUUACUUUGUGUAUUGGCUGUGGAACGCACCCUUGAACAAUGCUGUGUACUGUACAGACCUGGAGACUUCAACACUGGAACAGUCUACAGGAUUGUCUACUGGAGAGCACACCCAGGAACUGUCCUCUGUCCCAGUGGGAGACACAUCCUCAGAUCUCCACUCGGACACAACUCAGGAACCCCAGGGACCAGCAACGGGAGAACCUGGUCUGAGUUUGACCACCAGCCCAGAAGGAUCUACAAGCUCAGACCUGGAGGAACCAUCCUCUGCCCCAACGGGUACCUCAGGAGAAGAGGACGGGUGGAUUGACGUGCGGGUGACAUCGAGUGGAGACAUGAGUGAGGAAGAAGUGCGGGAAGCCGUUCGAAACAAGCUCCGGGAGAUGUUCGAUGAUCCGGAUCCUCAGAUCGAGCUUGUGCAGUGCACGUCGGAGCCUCCGGAGGAGUGAGGGAGCGACCCGUCAACGAGUGAAGGAGUCUGCAGUUCCAUCUCCCUGACACUUUACACCCUCUCCCUUACUCCAGCCUGCCUUUAGACAAGUAUACAGCCCACAGAGGGUUAAUCCCAGGAGAGCCCUGAGAUGUUCCACACUCUGCUGAUUCCCCAGUGUGCCGCAGCCUGCGAGCUUUUAGUUAGUCAGACUGUGAAGUACGAUCCCAUUGAGUCGUGUCGCCAGAAGCCUAGAACUGAGGGUGAGCACACAGACCCAGCCUGUUUCAGGAGGAGCAGAUCUCCCGAAUGAUGAGAUUAAUCACAGAAUAUCCUGGGUAUGGUCCCUGUAAACACCGACACCCUUCACUACAGGAUCGGGUCAGUGUGAGACGUCACACACCUUUCACAGUGUAUGGUCCCGUAAACACUGACACCCCUCACUACAGGACCGGGUCAGUGUGAGACACACAUCUGGGUUUACAAUAAAAUGGGAAACUUCGCUGAUGCUGGGCUUCAAUGCAUUAAUAUAUAAUCAAUAAUUUGCUCUUAACUAAAUGAACUGAAAUUAUGUGUGAAAUAUGAAUUGCUUUUUGAUCAAAACACAGGACCGUGAAGGCCUCAUGGUCUGUGGAUGUAGUGAGGAAGGUCCCUGAUCUCCAGAGAUAGUGAGGAAAGUCUCCUGUCCACCUUUGCACAGACAUCUGUGUACACUCGCAGACCACAGAGCAAUCCUGCACAUACCCACCCAGUCAGCACAACACCCCGACACAUCUCUGUCUGACACAGUCCCGAUCUCCAUCUCUCACUCUGACACAUCUCAUUCUCCAUUCCUCCCUCUGACAGUCUCGUUCUUCAUCCCUCUCUGACAUUCCCGUUCUCCAUCUCCCUCUAAUGCUUUCUCGUUCUCCAUCUCCCUCUGAUGCACUCUUUUUCUCCAUCUCUCCCACUGACACUCUCUCUCAUACACUCUCUCUCAUACUCUCUCUCUCAUACACUCUCAUACACUCUCUCUCAUACACUCUCUCUCAUACACUCUCUCGUACACUCUCUCGUACACUCUCUCGUACACUCUCUCGUACACUCUCUCGUACACUCUCAUACACUCUCUCUCAUACACUCUCUCAUACACUCUCUCAUACACUCUCUCAUACACUCUCUCAUACACUCUCUCAUAUACACUCUCUCUCAUACACUCUCUCAUACA